AUGCCUCGAAAGCUAGUAACAGUCCGCCACGUCUCAGCUAUAACAGCCAUCCCGCAGGCAGACCGUAUUGCAGCUGCCACUGUGGACGGUUGGACGUGCUUCGUUCCCAUCAACGUCUUUAAAGAUGGGGAUCUCGCUUCUACCGGCCACGGACCCGCGAUUUGCUCCUUGGUGCCGAAUAUCAUCGGGCCGGGCGGCCCCACUUCCGCGCCGGAUAUCCGGGUUCAGACUAUUCAGAUUCGGGGGGUUGCUAAAUUGGAAGAUAUUCCAUUAGACAAGCUACGGGACAUCUCGUUUGAGGACAUUCUCAACGUAAGGAAAUUCGAGAAGCCCGGCAUGCCACUUCAACAGACUUUGACAUCAGACACACCUUUGCCUGAAUAUUUUGACUUUAUACCACGAACAAACCAGGAGCGCGUGCAGAACCUCGCAGAUGUUUUCAGUGAGCACGGUACUGAGAUAUUUGAGGAGUCGACCAAGAUGGACGGCUCAUCCAUGACAGUCUUUUACCUCAACGACGCCAACCCUCUCAUCAGCACAGUCCCUAGCGAGACGAUACAUAACGGCGUGGCAGUUUGCUCGCGGAAUCGUAUUCUAGUAAAGAAUCAUCCCCGAAGCCCGCCUCUCUUUUACGCCACCGCACGAGCACUCAACCUCCAUGAGAUAUUACCCAAGAUUGGGCGUAACAUAGCUCUACAGGGUGAACUUUGCGGGUCGAGCAUAGACUAA